UGCCAGUCACUCGAAACAUGAGAGGUGGAGCUGCCGAGGCGCUGCAGGUGAAAGUAUAAAUAGAGGAGCAGCAACAUGCGCACCUCAGUGUUGUGAAGAGCGUUGCGUGAGUUGACUGGUGACUGAAAGUUUGAAGCAACACAAUGUAUCUCCCUGCAUUUCUACUCCUGCUGGGGGUGACGGCAAGCUCCUGUACCACUACUCCUUCUACUACUACUACUACCACUGCUACUACUUCAGACCGGACGACCCCUGACUGGCAAUCCGAGAGCUGCCGGUACUACUGCAUCUACAGGCGUCCUUACUGCUGUGACGACGGCUCCCUCCCCGUUCCCAGGGACCACGAGGUGCACUCAACCCUGGACUGCCCCCCUGAGAAUGACCAGAUCUGUAAAUCCACCGGUAUCUUCCUGAACGGCACGGUCCCGGCAAUGGUGCUGGCGAAGGGAGACCCAAAGAAGCAGGUAUGGUGUGCCUCUGACGGAUACUGCCGGGAGGACCAGAGGUGCUGCCCGAGCCCCUGCGUCAGGAGGCAUCUCUGCAUGGCCGGCCUGGGACGAGAGUUGCCGCAGGAGAUACUGCUGCCGGAGUUGGAGGUGGAGGAGGAGGAGGAGCUGUAUCUGCCUGAAGAAUAAAUCCCAUACUAUUAAAGCCGGAAGGCUAUUAGGGGUUUGGAGCAUUUUAUCCUUUAUCCAGAAAUCCAUAAGGUAGAUUUCUGCUUGUAGACAGAGAAUAGAACAAAUAUUUAAUUAAUACUAAAGGUGUAUCUGGUAGAAAAAUAAAUACAUUAUUAAACGAAA